CGAACUGGGACAGAAGACACCGAGCAGCCCUCCGAUCAGCAUUUGCCAGCCAGUCGGCAGCCAGUCAGCAUGAGUUCCCUUGGCUUUGAGCCUUACUAUGCAUCCUCCUACAAACGGAGGUAUGUAGAAAGCAGCCCCAGAGUACACAUCUCUCACAGGACAAGUUAUGGAGCAGCCCGGCCAGCAUACUCCAGCUAUUCAGCCCCGGUGUCUUCCGUUUCGGCCAGGCGAACUUAUGCAGCCGGGUCCCCCGCUUACAUAUCUGCAGCCGAGUCCCUCGACCUUAGCCAGGUAGCUGCACUGAGCAGUGACCUGAAAACAGUGCGCACCCAGGAAAAGAUGCAACUUCAGGAACUGAAUGACCGGUUUGCUAACUUCAUUGACAGGGUCCAUGAGCUAGAGCAGCAGAACAAAGUCCUAGAGGCUGAGCUGCUGGUGCUCAGGCAGAAGAACACGGAGCCUUCUAGGCUGCGGAACAUCUAUGAGCAGGAAAUCAGAGACCUCCGGUUGGCCGUGGAUGAUGCUCGUAAUGAGAAGCAAGCUAUGCAGGGUGAGCGGGACAACCUAGAAGAUACCCUGAGAAACCUGCAAAGUCGCUAUGAAGAGGAAGUCUUAAACCGGGAGGAGACGGAGACAAGGCUAAUGGAAACCCGCAAAAGUGCGGACGAUGCUGCCCUGGCUCGGGCUGAGUUGGAAAAACGCAUUGACAAUCUGAUGGACGAAAUCGCCUUUCUGAAGAAAAUCCACCAAGAGGAGAUCGCAGAGCUGCAAGCGCAGAUCCAAUAUGCCCAAAUCUCUAUUGAGAUGGACGUGGCCAAGCCCGACCUGUCCGCUGCCCUGCGGGACAUCCGUGCACAAUAUGAAAAGUUGGCUGCCAAAAACAUGCAGGCAGCUGAGGACUGGUUCAAAAGCCGCUUCAACGUGCUCACCGAGAGCGCAGCUAAAAACACAGAUGCUGUACGGGCUGCCCGGGAAGAAGUGUCGGAGUCCCGAAGACAGCUCAAAGCCAGGAACUUGGAGAUCGAAGCCUGUCGAGGAAUGAAUGAAGCUCUGGAGAGGCAACUGCAAGAGCUGGAGGAAAAGCAAAGCGAGGAGAUUGCAGUUUUACAGGACACCGUCAACAAAUUGGAAAACGAAUUAAGGGCUACGAAGAAUGAAAUGGCUCGGUAUUUGAAAGAAUAUCAAGACCUACUAAACGUCAAAAUGGCUCUAGAUAUCGAAAUUGCCGCAUACAGGAAACUACUGGAAGGUGAAGAGACCCGCCUUAGCUACACUGGUGUUGGAGCAAUGCUUGGUGGCUAUACACAGGCUGCCCCAAUCCUUUCUAGACCUUCAUAUUCACUCCACAGUGCCCCCUAUCUCAUGUCCAGUCGAGUUACCUCAACCUACACAACCUAUACUCAGGAAGAACCACUCGAUCUGGAAGAAGCCAUAGAAGCAACCAAAGUUGAACAAGCAAAGGAAGAGCCUCCCAGAGAAGAAGAGGAGGAAGAAGCAGCAGAAGCUGAGGAAGGAGAAGAAGCUGCAGAAGAAGAAGGAGGCGAAGAAGAAGGAGAAGAAGAAGCAGAAAAGGAAGAAGAAACAGAGAAAGGAGAAGAAGGUGAAGGUGAAGAAGAAACAGCAGAGAAAGGAGAAGGUGAAGAAGAAGAAGCAGCAGAUAAGGAAGAAGAAGGAGAAGCUGCAGAAGAAGAAGGAGGAGAAACUGAGAAAGGAGAAGAAGGAGAAGCGGAGGGAAAAGAAGUCGAAGGCAAGGAGGAGGAGGGAGAAAGUGAAGAACAGCCUGAAGCUACCAAAGAAGAAUCUUCCGAAAAGGAGAAACCAGCUGAAAAGAAAAAGGGAAAGUAAAAGUUCUUAGAACAACUAGCUUGAUUAACAAACCACAAGAAUGUCAGUGAUAAGACUGCAGCUGCUAGGAAAAAAGACACAUUGCAAACGUACACAAUGUUUUGUGUUUAUAAAAAUAAUCCGGUAUUACUGUCUGCCACUGCACAACAUAUUGACAUGCUUAGGGACAUUCUGUUGGCUUGCUACAAGAAUUAGCAUGGUGCCUUUUGUGGGCUCAAGUUAUGUGUAAGUCUGGAUAAUGCAAAGUUUAAACCCCCCUAAAGUUCAGAAUGAAGAAUAAUGAUGCAUAUGGAAAUUAAGUUCUAACAAAUACUAAGGCUACUGUGAGGUCGUACAAUAAGCAUUCAAUAAAGCUUGAGAAAUGAG